AUGGAUCAAGCAGGUUCCCACAGCGGCUAUAAGCCACAUCCCUCGGUUGUUUUGCAGGCGGUAUCUACACAUGAUAGAUGGAUCUGGCGUUCCUAUUUUGAGUUGGGUGGGCAGAACAAUGAUCUUAAUGUCUUGCAUGCUUCGGGUUUGUUCGAUAGACAACUUCUUGGUGUAGCACCUCCUUGUCAUUAUCAAAUCAAUGGAAAGAAUUACGACCAGGGGUACUACCUAGGAGAUGGUGCAUAUCCCAUGUAUGGUUGCAUCGUGCAAGGAUACAAGCCCGCCUCAAACAUUAGUGAAGGUCUUUUCAAUCAAUAUCAAGAAGCUAAAAGGAAGGACAUAGAACGUGUAUUUGGUGGUUUAAAAGGUAAGUUUGGCAUUAUAUUAAAACCUUGUCGUUAUUAUAAAAAAUCUGACAUGAAGGCAAUUAUGAGGGGGUGCUUGAUAAUGCACAACAUGUGUGUUGAGGUGGAAUAUCGCAAUGCGGAUUGGGGGAGGAUCACGGGAGAUGAACCUCAACCGCCAAUUCAAGAAAACAUAAGGCUAUCUCCUCAUAUAUUGUACAACCCUGCGAUUUGGGCACAACUUCGCUUGGAACUCACUACACACAUAUGGAACCGACAUGAAGAAGGUCUGAGAGAUGGUGAUAUUCCAAACAUGCAUAUUGAUGAUGCCUUGCUGGAAUUUCAUGAGGGUACAACCGACGUGGACACCGAUGAAGUUCAAUAUGACCCUCAAGGAGAUGGUGCAUUUUAUGAGAAUGGAGAGUAA